UAAGAAGCAGCUUGAGCAGAGCUCAUAGUCUGAUCAGCUUCAAAGAGGAAGAAGAGACAAAGAGAGAGACAGAGAGAGCAAACGCCGGCUAUCCUGUCACUGGCGAUCACCAUCGACCGCCAUGAGUUCUGGAGUUGGGCAGAUUGAUAUGAAGGAGCCACUUCUGGUGGAGCAGACCAUAGAUGGAAAGCCUCCUGUCCCGGCGGCCCCAAGUUGGAGUGCUCAGCUGGAGAGCAUCCUGAACGACGACGGCGUGCCGUGGUUGCACCGGAUGCGAGCGGCAACCUGGGUUGAGCUCCGGCUGCUCUGCAACCUGGCCGCCCCCGCCGUUCUCGUCUACAUGCUCAACUACGUCAUGUCCAUGGCUACCCAGAUCUUCUCCGGCCACCUCGGCAACCUCGAGCUCGCCGCUGCCUCCCUCGGUAACACCGGCAUUCAAGUUUUUGCCUACGGUCUGAUGUUGGGGAUGGGAAGCGCGGUGGAGACACUGUGCGGCCAGGCAUUCGGAGCGAAGAAAUACGAGAUGCUCGGGAUAUACGUGCAGAGAUCGGCCGUACUGCUGACGCUGACGGGCAUCCCCCUCACCGUCAUCUACGUCUUCUCCAAGCAGAUACUGCUCUUCUUGGGGGAGUCCACUGCCAUCGCCGCCGCGGCAUCCGUCUUCGUGAUGGGCCUCAUCCCGCAGAUAUUCGCCUACGCCAUCAACUUCCCCAUCCAGAAGUUCAUGCAGGCGCAGAGCCUGGUCGCCCCCAGCGCCAUCAUCUCCGCCUCCACCCUCCUCGUCCACCUCCUCCUCAGCUGGCUGGCCGUCUACAAGAUGGGGCUAGGGCUGCUUGGCGCAUCGCUGGUGCUCAGCCUCUCCUGGUGGAUCAUCGUAAUCGCCCAGUUCGUCUACAUCGUCACCAGCCCCAACUGCAAGCGGACGUGGACCGGCUUCUCCAUCAAAGCCUUCUCUGGCCUCUGCGGCUUCCUCAAGCUCUCCACCGCCUCCGCCGUCAUGCUCUGCCUAGAGACUUGGUACUUCCAGAUCCUCGUCCUCCUUGCGGGACUCCUGAAGAACGCCGAGAUCGAGCUCGACUCGCUCUCCAUCUGUAUGACGAUAUCUGGAUUUGUCUUCAUGAUCUCCGUCGGGUUCAACGCUGCUGCAAGUGUUAGAGUGGGGAACGAGUUGGGUGCCGGCAACCCCAAGGCCGCAUCGUUCUCCGUCGUCAUAGUAGUGCUUGUCUCCCUCGUCGUCUCCGCCAUUUGCGCCGCUAUCGUCUUGGCCCUCCGCCAUGUCAUCAGCUAUGCAUUUACAGACGGAGAGACGGUGGCGGCGGCGGUGUCUGAUCUUUGCCCAUUGCUCGCCCUCACCCUCCUUCUCAACGGCAUCCAACCCGUCCUCUCAGGGGUUGCCGUCGGCUGCGGGUGGCAAGCAUUUGUGGCUUACGUGAACGUUGGGUGCUACUACGUCGUAGGCAUCCCAUUGGGUGCAUUGCUCGGCUUCAAAUUCGAUCUAGGCGCUAAGGGAAUAUGGUCUGGUAUGCUGGGAGGCACUGUAAUGCAGACCCUCAUUCUAAUGUGGGUGACUUAUCGAACAGACUGGAACAAGGAGGUCGAGAAAGCACAAAAUCGUCUGAGUCAUUGGCAAGAUCACAAGCCAGAGUCCCUUUCAGAGAAAUGAUGAAGGAGAGAGACAGGAGACUGGUGCAGUGCACGGUAUUCAAAACUACAGGCAUGAGUUCAGUCUGUGAGAAGCUUUGCUGGUCAAUGGAGGUACUGGAAUGGCAGAUGGUUGUAGGAGCCAAAUUAACAGAUGCAGAAAAGGAGACGACCUCACCUACCAUCAGUUUGAAGAGCUGGUAGCUAGCCUUUUGAAGUAGCUGUCUGCUAUUAAAUUUUGACCACAAGGUUUUGAUAUUUCAACCACUUUCUGAUUCAAACACUAAUCAAUUGUCCGUUUCAUCCUUUAUAAAGUCCAUAACAUUUUUAUUACGGUCCAUUCAUGUAACAUCAUGUUACUAAUUAAUAAAGCACGGAUGAUGGGCAAUAAUGGCUUAAGACUUUUGGCACUAAAGUUUUAUGUUUGUCUACAGUUGAAACUUUCCAUCGAAUUUGAACUAAAGUUCUAACUUUACAGUGAAGUUUCAUAAAACUUUCUACUGAAUUUGAACUAAAAUUCCAACUCUACAGUGGAGCUUCAUGUAUUCAAACUGACCCUCAAGUUUUUGUCCCUAAUCGCUAGGCCAUUAGGAGGUUGGGUUCUAGAAGCAUUCCCUACUUUCAAGGGAAAAAAUUUGAGAACAAAACGGACACCCAAAACUAGGGGAUUGUGAAAAAUUGAUGUGACCUUUUUUAUUGAUGAAUGUCUUUUUACAUUGUUAUUUAAAGAAAACCCUCAAGUCUAUAUUUUACCCUUAAACAAAUAGAUUAUUAAUUAAUUUAGUGGCAGUUUAUUAUUUUACCUUAAAACGAGAAUGCGAUCAAUUGUCUGAUUUUUGGAAAUGCACUUAAAGUCUUUUUUCACAUAGUGUUUUGGCAUUAACCGGAAAAAUCACCUAACUAAUUUUGAUGCGAAUGAAAAAUAAAUAAUUUUGAUAUAGUUAUAAUAUAACCUAGUCCACUGACCAUUUGCUUACAUCAAAGACAUUUUGGUUAUGUUAUCCCAUAAAUCUAAUUUAAAUUAAUGAUGCGAAAGUUGGAAAGUUUAAAAAUUUUCAAAAUAUUCAUUUUUUUUUAAAGUUUCCCAACCUUUUUGUGUAUAUCAAAUUAAUAAUCCUCCAUACUGUCUUGUUUGGUAAUGCCAAUAGAGGCUUAUGAUAAAUAUAUCUGCCCCAAAAAAAAGGUAGAAUCAUAAAACAUUGGCAAUAAUAUGCUCAGCAACCCUUAACUCCUGCGGACUUAGCAAUAGUCGGGGAGGACGAGUGCCCAACGGCAACUUGUUCAUGCAGGAGCAGCAAGACUGGCUCGAGAAUGACAAAGCCUAUCUGACCAAGGCCGUUCAUGACACGAAAAAAUGGCCGGCCAGCACAAGAGAUUCUCGAAGUUCAACGUCGGCGAUGAGGUGACGCUCAAACUGACACUGCAGAUUUAGAAGAAAAUCAGCGGAAAGUUGGUGCACCGUGGCUUAGUUCUACAGUACGAAAAACCACCUAAUGGCUGAUCAAGCUUGAUUGAUGUAUUCACCUUCAGAAAACAAUAAGUUCUGGUUCUGGAGGCCAUUUGUAUAUAUCUGCUUUAAAGAUUUAGGUAGAUUGAGAGUCUGUCCAAUUUUUUAGGAUAGAUACAUAAAUCAGUAUGUUAAUCUUCCUGCUGUAAGACUAUCCCUUUGAAUAUGCAGCCCUGCUGCCCCCGAUGGACAAAGAUACAGUUACCGUAGAAAUCAGCUUAAAUUGAUCGAUUGAGAUCAAAUUUGGUGAAAAUUCAUUCAAUUCA